UUAGAGAAGCACCCUGAUAGUGAAGAGUAUAAGGGAAGAUAUGCAAGAAUAUUUGUUGGGUUAACAAAUUUUUAAGCUUUAUGGCUGGCGUCAAGGCAUAAUAAGACUGGGUGUUUCCGUCAUGAAAUGACAUUCAAAGAUGAGGUGGAAGUUGCUCACAGGCAGUUGGAGAUCAUUGGUACAAAAAAUGAGAACAAUGAUUUAGUUCCUAGUCAGCAAUGGAGAGACAGAUGUUCCCACAUAUUAGGAAAGACAAAGAAAAAUCUUUCUGAUGUAUUUCUUGUUGCUGCUCUCCCAGAAGAUGGUUAUCAGUCAUUCCUUGAGAUGUACCGAAAAUAUGAAAAAGGUCUUCUGAAAGACCAGCGAGCAAUGGCAAAGGACCUACAAGAAAAGCCGAGGUUCAAGCCAUCAUACAUCAAAUGCUUAUUUGGCCUCGACGUUUCAGAUCGUGUUGCUCUGUUGGGUCAGGUUGCUGACCAAAGUAACAGUCUGGAUGAACUGAAAUUAUUGUGCAAGGAGUGCAAAGUACUGAAGCCUGUUCAAAAAGUGAUUUCUUCAUUUCUUGGAUGUAAAUGGGAAUUGCUUAGUGCAAAAAUGGGAGAGAAAGUCAGCGUUGACCAGUUAAGGAAAUUUACAGGAAAAGAUGAAACCAACCUUAUUUUCAGACAAUACUUGGAAUAUCUGCAAAAGAGUCUGACCAUCGAGGAAUCAGACCAGCCACUAGUUGUAUCACCCAAUGUAUUUCUGAUGGACCAGGGAACAAGGGGCGUUGUCCACAUGUGUGUUGACCCACUGGGACUGCAGCAAGGGUCAUACGGGCAAGAAAAAGGAUUUUCAUUAGCCUUAUGUAAGCUUUCACCACAUCAAGUACAGUAUAGUGAUGUAACAUUGACCUAA